AUGGCCAUCCUCGGUCAUGAUGAUUUCGGAGAGUCAACCGUCGCUGGAUGGGAAUCUUCCAAAUACGCUUGGAUUCUCGAUAACCUCGAAACUGAGCGCGACAGUGGUGAUACAACCGAUGUUUCUCUCGAGAAGUUCGAGACUGAUGAGAAUGUGGUCACUCUCAUUGAUUGCCCUGGUCGCCGCGCGUACACGAAAAACAUGAUCGCUGGCGCUGUAGCGGCGGACUGCGCUCUUCUUGUCAUUUCUGCCGCGGAGGGCGAGUUCGAGACCGGUAUGCGGACAAACCAUGGUCAAAUGCGCGAGCAAGCGUUGCUGGCUUUCGCACUUGGCAUUAAGAGAAUAAUCGUGGCGUCACCAAGAUGA